AUGUCCAAUGAAAUCAGCAUUAUCGGCGCCGGCAUUGCUGGCCUCACGCUGGCCAUCACUCUGCACUCUCAAGGCAUUCCUUGCGCCAUCUACGAGACCCGUCCAGAGCCCCAAAACAUCGGUGGUGCUGUAAUGCUAUCCCCUAACUCCAUCAAACUGUUCGACAACAUGGGCAUCUAUGAUGAUCUCGAGCGUCUCGGCUAUAGCUUCGAUACCCUGUACUUCCGUGACCUAGCCGGCUCUCUAAAGGAAACUUACGCCUUCGGAAGUGUUGAGGAAUACAGAUACAGCGGUCUUCGCGUCUACCGAUCCGAACUCAUCGAUCUACUACUUGAGAAGGUCAACGCGAACAACAUACCCAUACACUUCAAUCACAAAUUCUCGCAUGUGGUUUUCGAGACUGAGGAUACAGUGACCUGGCAGCUCGUCAAUGGCACCACCAAGACAUCAUCCCUGCUUGUCGGUGCAGACGGCAUUCACAGCCGUGUCAGAAAAUAUAUGUAUCCCGACCUUGCGCCAAAAUUCACUGGUAUUGCUGGGAUCACUGCUGCAGUGCCUACCGCAAAUCUCAAACUACCUUCUCCGGACUACAAGAUGCCAGUUACGAUUGUGUCACCUUCUCACGGCGCCUUUGUCAUAGCACCUCAAAAAGCAGAUGGCAGUGAAGUACUAAUUGGAAAGCAAAAGCGGAUGGCUGAGCUCUCACGCGAAGGCUGGCAAGAGAUUUACGCUGAUAAGAAUGCUGCUGUUGCUUUCCUUCGCGAGGACGCAGAAGUCUUUGGCGAUAUUGCUGUCUCGGCUACUUCGAAGAUUCCUCACGAGAACAUCAAUAUCUGGCCAUUUUACGUUAUCCCCAAGCUGGAAUCGUGGUCCUCUAACAACAGAAGGGUACUUCUAGUAGGUGAUUCUUGUCAUGCCGUACCGCCGUCAAGUGGCCAGGGCAUCUCACAGGCCGUCGAGGAUGUAGUUAUGCUAUCAAUCCUGCUUGGAAAAGGCAGAAGCGAGAAGAAAGAUUUGGAAUGGUGGCAAGGCUUCAGACAAGACAGGAUUGAGCGAAUUUUGCUGUUGAAUGCUCGUGUCGAUCGUCGCAGAUUGCCUAAAAUCACAGGAUCUGAAGAGCAAGACGAUAAUGAGCAAGGCUUUGAUCUGGAUUGGUUGUAUGGUAUUGAUGUUGUUGCAGAGGUCGAAAGAUAUGUUGGUGGCAUGUAA